GUCUUCGCAUGCUUCCUGUUCAUGCUACUGAACAUACAUAAGAUGCCUUUAAAGCUGCAAGGGCGUGUGGCAGCAUGCUCUGCCCAAACUUGAAUCAAAUUUGAAAGGGUAUUUUCCUAAAAUGCCAUGUUCUGCAUUGGCAGACACCCAUCAGGGUCUGACAAUAACAACCUGAUCACGUGGACUCAGUGUGAAUCUGGCAUUUGCAAGUUUAUGUAACAUGUUUCGCACUGACACAGCUGCCGCCAUGUCUGGAAACAUAAACACGAGCUUUUCCUCCGCUGUUUAUCUUUUUUAAAGCGGGCUCGAUGAGAGCCAGAGUGAAGGCUUCUGCAAUAAGCAUCGUUACUUGUCAGAAAGUAUGCCAAUGUAUUUGGCAUGUUGCUGCAUCUUUCAUGCCAAGCUGCUGGCUUACAUGUGUAGUUACAUAAUUCUGCAUGAAAAAAAAAAAAUGACGCCCUCUUUUAUUAGCAUCCUGAUCUACUGUGAAUUGCUCUUAGGGAUAAUAAAUAGGAUAUUAGGAGGCCCUUCAAAUACAGUACAUCUAAGGAAGGUAUGUUCAUUUUUUUCUCAGUAAAUGGUUUUGUAGCAGCAUUCCCCAUAGGUUAAAUUAGGUAUGCAUGAGAAGAAAAAACAGUCACUGACUUUGUCCCAGAUUUCACUGUCCUAGGUUUCAUUGCAUUGGUCCAACAGCCUUUGGGUUCUGUCACAAACAGUUAAUCUCAGAGUGUAAAUUACCCUAUUUUGUUUAUGGUGACUCAAAUUCAGGUCAGGUUUCCAAAAUAAAAGGGAUGCUUCUGGGCAAAAUGAGGUGUUGCAGUCCGACAGCAUUUUCUUUACUACACGAAAGGGCAAAUUUUGUUUUACAGUGUGUGUGUGUGUGUGUGUGGCUGCAGGAGAAGAUAACAAAGACACUACAUGGCAUUUCUUUGUCAUUACAAAGACUUAAAAAUGACCUAUCUUGAUGAACUAAGAGAGACAUUAAACAACAGUCUGGCUUCAAAAAAAAUUAAACUGGACUCAGAGCUAAUUUGCUGCUGGAUCAACAGACCUCUCUCCAUCUGAGCCAUGUCAGGGACACUUAUGCUGUUUAUGGCAUAAUGUAUUCCUCACAAACGCGGGGUUGCAUAAGGACCCCACGGCUGACUUUACACUGCCUUAUACCUCUAUUUGGCUUGCUGCUGCUGCUGCCAACAAUAACCACUGUAGCUGCUUGUUUCAAACAUCUUGUUUUUCUACUGCACACAAUGCUUGCCAAGAUCUUUGACUCACCGAGCAGUUAAAGGGCUUAGGGAGGCGAGGACUGAAUAGAGACGGCGUGGUGGUGACCUCAGACCCGGUCUGCAGCAUGCUGAUGUCAUACUCUCUCUCCUUAUGUCUUUGGGGGAACAGUGAGGGUGGGGGACUGUGGCCAAACUGGGAAAUGGUUUAGAGGUUCUAUUUAGUGGUGUCAGUGCCUGAAACAGAACAUGUUGAAGGAUAAGGCUUCCGUAUGUUUGCCAUGCUGUCUGUGGCACUCACUUAUUGCUUUCUACUGCAGAUGAAGAUAUUAAAAAAGGGUCACAAUAUCUUGUUUUAUUUUUAUAAAGAGCCAAAUAUUUUCUUUAAACAGCUGGGCACUGUAGUUUUAAGUAUACGAUCUAUUUUCUGCAGAGGAGUAAUGCACCUUAGGUGCACUAGAAACUAGUUAUAUUAUGUGUAUAUAUAUAAAUAAUACACACAGACACACAUAAUUAUGUCAAAAUAAACCACAACACACACCUUCAUUGUAAUGAAGGAACAUGUUUUGUCUCAAAAAAUAUCAAAUUUAUUAUAAAUUCUCAAUUUUGAGGAGCUGGAACCAUCAAAUGUUUGCUUGUUUUGCUUGAAUGAUGACGUUAACAGUUAAUCGAUGAUGAAAAUAGUUAGCAAUUCAUUUUCUGGUGAUCUAAUAGAAUAAUCCACUAAUCGUUGCAGCUCUAUGGCUCACUAAUAUGUUUUAUUAGUUUUAGGUUGAUAAUGGAGAUACGGCACAGAGGAGUAGUCACUAGUAUACAUAGCAGAAAACUGGUAGAUAUGGUGGACUAUAGCUGGAGAUACGUUUUGAGGACACUGGGGGCUUCAGUGUAGUAACGAUGGUCUCUGUUUUACAUUUUGAUUGACUGACACGUCACAUUCCUGAGCAGCUGCCUGGAAAGGACACUGAUCUAGAUAGAAAGCAGAUGGGAUCUCUGCAUGCCCACUCACCACAUUGGAGGAGUAGGCCUCGGUCAAACCCUCUUCUCACACACACACUCACAUCACACUGACAACAGUGUCAUCAUUUUGUGGGUGAAACGCCAUCUGCCAAACUGAAAAACAGUUUAGUUUUUUGGUAUUUCAGCCUGCAUGUUGUCUACCGGCUGAUCUCCUCCCUUGAGAAUGAAUAGAAUGUUCCAGCCAUGGCUGCGUAUUGUUGCUAUGAAUAGAUGCAGUUAAAAAUGGGUCAAUUUAUGGUUAAAGCACUCAUCUGUGCAGUGUAUUGCCAGAAGGCGAGUGUAUGUAAGCAUGCUGUCAUCCAGUUACAGAUUUGUCUCUGGAGAUCUGCCCUUAACCAAAUGGCUUCUCGUGAGUAUGUGGCAAAGUGGGGCAGAAAAAAAAAGACACAGGACAAAACCACUACUACGAUGGUUGUACUGGUCUCAUUUUUAAAAUACACAGAGUAGGAAUUUGGCCCAAAACACCGUAUUGGUAAAGUACAGCUUUACAGCACCAAAUAAUCUGUACUCCAUACUAUACAGUUUAUAAUGGGUUUAUAGUCUAUCAGAGCACUACAUUUCCUUUCAUCUCUGUUUGUGUUCUACUUCAGGCCACUGAACUGUGUUAAUGACCUCUCCUUCAUGUAUUGAACAUGAUGUGGUUUGAGGAGGCUUGUUGUACUGAGGACUUGGACUCUUGAAACUACUGACUAUAAAUUAGAUGAGGAGGAGAGGGAGUAAAAAGAUUCCUUUGUUUCCCACAAAGAUGUGUCUGCUGUCAUUUAAGCACAAAGGAAAACACACAGCAAGUAGUUACUCUAUUUGAAAGGAUGUGGAUCUCCACUAAAUGACUGUUUCGUUAGUAUUAGAUGGAACCUCAGUAUCAUAUUAUUUUUAUGAAUAUUAGUUGAAAUAAUAUAAUUUCCUUUUUGGAAUUACAGUGAAAUUCUAUUGAUUAUAAGUCAGUAAAUCUCCCACAUAAAAAACCCAAUGUGUGUGUGAUGACCUAAAGGGACUUAUUUGAUUUGUCCAAUAGAAAAUGAAUUGCCAACAAUUUUGAUAAUUGAUUAAUUGUCUUUUAUUAAGUCUUCUAUCAUAUAAUAUUUGGUCUCUGGUUCCAGCAUCACAUGUGACAAUUUUCUGGUGGAUUGAAUAUUGUUUGUAAAUUGAAUUUUUUUUCAGUAUUGGGCUGUUUGUUGUACAAAACAUGUACAUUCAAUAUAUUACCUUGUGGACAUUAUUUUCUGACAUUUGAUAGACUAAAUGAUUGAGCGAAAAGAAAAUGAUUAAUUAGAUUUGAUGCUUGAAUAUUUAUUCAGAUAUAUUUAAGUUUUUAAGUUAUUUUUUUCUUAUUCCACAUGUAAGCAAUGUUGUUUUCUUUAAAUAUUAAAAUGCUUAAAGUGCAAAUUAUGGGUUAAAUUGUAAAUUUAAUUUACUGUUAUAAAAAGAUUGACCUAAACAGACUAAUGGUAACAUCCCAUUUAUAAUCCCAGCAUUCCCAUAACAGUGAGUGCAAAUGUACACAUAUUCACUGAAAAUAGGCACAGCUACAAAGAUCGAUCAUAGGAUGUUAAAAACGAUAUAGAUAUGUAACCAUGUUUUACGUGUACUUUGUUAAUGGUAUGUAUACUAGAUAAAUAAAACCUUGAGGCAUCAACAACCUCAAUAACUAUUUGGAUUGUCUUGGCCUGAGCCCUCGAUGACAUAUGACUACAAAACCCCUUCCAUCAAUCGUGGUACUCUGCGAUGUCACCAUGUGUGUAUGUGUGAAUAAAUGGGCAUGGCAUGGGUCAGACAGAGAAGCCACUAGCAUUGGACAAUGGGUUCCCAGUGUCUGUUGCUCUGAAUGCCAUUAUUCAUAGACAUUAAUAAUCUCCUUUUUUGUCCCUCUAAGAAUUGACAUCGUGAUUAUAAUGGCUUUAUGCAGUGUCAAUCUUGGACCUUUUGUACCCAUUCAAGUGUCAGCUGUACUUAGCAAGGUCACAUUCGUAAUCGUUGGCCACAGGGUCCACAACCCUUCGCUUUACACGGGGCCACUGGGGCACAAAGAGAAAACCAAAGUCAGCUAAUUCAAGCACUGCACAGAAGGAACCAAAUUCCCGCACAAGCAUGGCAGACCAGAAAGACAACAUAGACGACUUUAAAGUCCAGACAGCCAAACAUCCUAACAUGGGCUCGGCCCCUUUACAGCCGCACAGUGAACAGUCUAGAGACCGGCUGUCCAAAAGGCUUUCAACUGAGUCUAAUGGGACCAGUGACGGAGGCGCGGGCUCGUCCACACCAGUGGAGGUGACCGCUUUGGAAGAGUCGUUUCGCCGCUUCGCCAUCCACGGUGACACUCGCGCCACCGGCAAAGACUUGCACGGCAAGAACUGGUCCAAGCUCUGCAAGGACUGUGGCGUGAUUGACGGCAAGAACAUCACCCUCACUGACGUUGACAUCGUCUUCAGCAAAGUCAAGAAGAAAUCCUGUCGCACCAUCACAUAUGACGAGUUCAAGGUUGCACUCGGAGAUCUGGCCAGGAAGAAAUAUAAAGAAAAGGCUGGAGACGAGGCUGAGGCCGAGGUCUUCAAGCUGAUUGAGGGGAAAACACCCGUCAUCGCAGGAGUCACGAGAGCCGUGGCUUCCCCGACAGUGAGCCGUCUGACAGACCCCACUAAGUUUACAGGGUCACACAAGGAGCGUUUCGACAACACCGGCCGCGGGAAGGGUAAGGCGGGACGAGUGGACAUGGUUGACACUUCGGGAUACGUCUCGGGGUACAAACAUCGAGGGUCAUACGAAAAGAAAGUGAAUAAACCUACCGAGGGCAAACCCAUGUGAGGGCGAGCAUAAGGAAAUAAACAUUCGAUCAACUACUAGGAUAAUUUUCUAUUAAAUGAAUAAUCAAACAAAGCACAAAAUAAUAGGAUUUCAUAUAUUUUCCCACCCGUGUGUGUGUGUGUGUGUGUGUGAGUGAGAGAGAUGUUUUUAAGUUCCUCUCUUUGAGAAGUGUGAGAACUGGAAAACUGUUUACAUCUAUUUUUACCAAGUCGUCACCAGCUGGUACAUUCCUGUCUGAAUGCAAGUUACUGCCAAACACGGAAGAGUACAAGAGAGAAAACUGCUAUGCUAUGAACAUUGAAGCUUUGUUCUUACGAUAGGGCCUUCUAUUUAUUGAGCACAAUGAACAUGCCAAGAAAAACAAAAGUGGGACAACAGUUUGAGUAAUUAACAACAUUGCACUUUCUAAUGGAAAUUCUUUUCUAAUCCCAUACUUGGCUGAAGAAAUGCAUUUUUAAUGUUGAGUUUAAGUAAGAAUUGGCACAUUUGUGACAGAUACUGUAUUAUCAAUGUUUAUUUCUUUUGAAAACUUAAAUUUGUCCAUCUUCCAUGUUAAUUGUCUGUCUGCCAUCCCUUCUAGUGACUUUAAGUCUUCAUACAUUUCUGCGGUUCAUUUUAUUUUAUAAGCUCACACUGUCAUUUGAAUAAUUUGCCUUCAGCUCAAACCAAGAAAAUAUAUUAAGGGUUUUAUCAACUUUUUAAAAAAUGUUUGCAAAGACACAAUGCAGUUAACUGUGACUGAAGAUUUUUGCCGUAUCAUUUUACUUUUGUGAAUAUGUAACACAAAAAAGCCCCUACCAUGUAAACCUUUUAAAUAUGCCUGCUUACAACACUUCAACUAAAAGUACAAUAGAAUCCAUUUUCUCUUUCGAUGUCUUUAUUCAGACUACAAACCAUUUUGCCAACAUGCAUUUAAAUUUUUUACUUGGUGUAUUUAGCUGAAGGAGGAAGCUCUAACCACAAUAUACGAGCUCAGUUGUACAAGAUUGUAUUUUUAACAUUUUACUUAUAUUUCCUCACCGGAUUUCUAAAGUAGUUCUAAUAUAUUUGUGGUAAGAUUGUGUAUAUUCUGAAAAAGUUAUAGCCACACGGCUUAAUUUAUAACACUGGCUUACUAUGUUGUGUUUUCUGUAUUGCUGUACUUUGUGCAUGUUUAUGUAUAUUGCAUUUGAUUCAGAAGCAUACAGAUGACAGGAGUGUGUCAUAUCUUAUCUAAACUGCUGUGAGUACAGGACAGACUUAAAUAAUUUAUUGCUAAAAAAACAGAUGAAAUUGUGGGAUCAUGAUUAAAAUCUUGUUUUGCUUGAAAUCAAUAUGUAUCAACUUGUACAUACAAAGUCAGCUACGCUGCAAUGCUAUUAUAUUUGUCUGUUGGUAAAGAUUCAGAGUACCUUUUAAGCGCGGUACUCUCAUCCAAGGCACAAAUUCAACUGAAAACAAACGCAGGUUUUUACGGUCGUAUUCUGUAUGAGAUAAAAGGGAAAAUUGCAAACAAUACUUUUGUAGAAUAUUUUUCCAACAUAGUGACAGUUUGUGUCACACACUACCUGUAGCCUCAGCUGAUGAAGAAUCAUGCAUCAAUGCAAAUCUAGCAGCUAUUGAGUUUGUUUUGUCUGCUGCAGUAGCGUGAUGUUUUCUGUGCUUAAUGCCAAAUACUGUGCACCUUCAAUGUGGAGGAACAAUAUUGUCUUUUUUAAUAACUUUUAAUGUACUAUUGUGCCCGGUGCAUGCAGUGUGUUUUUGUUCUAUAGAUCCCUUAACGUGUUCAUGAUUUGUAAUGCAUUACUUAAAAUAAAAAAAACACACCCCAGAACCUCCGCUUAGUCGGUUACCGGGUGUCAGUCAAAAGACUGUUUUAUAUUCUUAUGGCUUUUUCGGGAACACAUCAGAACUCCCUACUAGCAGCGACGGCCAUUGAGCCGAGCAGUCACAUAAAAACAAUAGCUACACUCGGUACAUGCAGGGGCACCAACGUUUGCCAGGUCUUGCAUUAGUGUGUGUGUGUGUGUGUGUGUGUGUGUGUCUCCAGCCCUGAAGGCAGAGGUAUAAAUAAAGUCACAGUGCAGCUGGAAUCUAGAUGCAUUCAUUCCACUGCAGCGUACAAAGCAGAUGGAGACAGAAGUGACCUAAAAAAAAACAAAACGUGAAAGCAGCCAAGAGAGACACAAUCUUGCCACUGAUCCAGAAAAUAUAUUAUGACCUCCUCACUGACAUUCUCCCCCCCUUACAUUCAUUUAACAUAACAGCCUUGUCACACACUUAUACACAAACCUCCUUGAAUUAAUUGCCUUUCCCCGUUACGGUUUACAUCAACCAAACGCUGGCUUUUUAAAAAAAAAAAUUAAAUAAUGAAACAUUUUCAAAAGGGCAAGGAACACACAAAUGACAUGUACACUGCAGUGAUAUAAAGUAAAAAAUGAUAAAAAAAAAAAAAACAGUCUGUAGCUGCUGGGCCUCGUGCAGCGAAAGCAAUGUUAAUAUGACGUUCGGCAUAUUCUUGCUUUGAUAUUUUCAUUCAAAUUCCUCUUCAAAGUUCCCCACUUCCCUUCAGCUCAGCUAGCAAACACUCGUUGGUAGCCACCAGGGACCUGCAGUACAUACGCAGACACAAACAACACAGUAGGGCUGGUUUAUGUCUGAGAACUUCACGGGUUGUGGUUGUGGUUGAUACAGCAAAACAAAGUGCCAACACUAAAAUGGCCCAAUUUCUUACCUGUGGCUUUCUUGCAGCAUAUUUGACAAAUCCUUGACAUUCUCAGCCUCCUGCACCUUCACCCUCAACCCCUCGAUCUCUUUCCUCAGCUCCUCCACUUCAGUCUGAGCCUCUGAGAAUGUGCAAGCACAAAAUGUGAGUUUGUAAGGAAAACAGCAAAAUGAUCACUCGUUCAGUGCAUUGCAAAAGUAUUAUUUAUUCAUCCAUUACAGCCUGGAAUUUAAAUGAUUUGUUUAUUUGGAUUUUAAGUUAAUGGGCCUACACAAAAUGGUCAAAAUUGGUUAAGUGAAAUGAGAAAAACUCGAGAAAAAAUAAAGAAACUGGAAUGUGAUACGUGCAUAUAGUCACCCACUUUACUAUGAAGCCCCAACUAAAUUGGAAAAACAGCAAGGAGGCACUCUACAUGUCUCCCAUUGGCCUUCACACUCACCUUUGAUCUGAGUAACAGGUGAACUUUUCAUCAUAGACUUGAGAUACUGUCGUUCUAACUUGAUGAGCUGUUUCUGUAGAGCGACAUUUUCCCCCAAGACAAUCCUCAGCUGCUCGUUUAGUUUGCCCUGUGUUAGAGAAAAGACAAUAAAUACAGUGCGCUCUUCCAAAACCAUCAAGGCCACCUGAAGAUCAACAUCGUUUUCUCGUGCUGAAUCCACUCACAACACCACUGCCGGCUACCUCCAGCUGAGCGGAGAGGCUACGGACUUCACUUUGGUGCUCUUCCUCUCGUGCAGCCGCUUGAAAGCUUAGUGCGUCAGCUUCCCGUCGUAAGGUCCUGACCUCGGCCUCCCGACUGGAAAUAUCAUUUUCCAUCAUAGAGAGGAUCUGGACCGCCCGAGCUAGAGCCACAAAUAGAAAUGAUGAUGACAGACAUUAUCUUCAAGCUUCUGUAAUCAGAUACCACAUUCCCCAAACCAAACUCCCAACUCACACAGGAAGUUGUUGUUAUGAUGCAAUGACCUCUCUCCGGUCCAGUGUUUGUCCACGAGGUUGAGGAGCAUCUCCAGGGGUUUCCUAUAACUACCCUGGGAGAUGAGAUAAGUGACGAGUUCGUGAGAGAGAAAACAACCUCAAAUAUGAUGUGUACAAUUAGUAGGAACAAAAUAAUGAUUCAGUUUCAGACUGAAUUCACUUCCCACCCUUUUUUUCUUGUCCCCUUGUUGCGGCUGGCUGGAGCCCCCCUCAGUCCCGUUUACGCUGGAGUAGGUCAGUCUUGGAGGAUGUAAGAUGGGGUUUGAGAGGUCAGACACAUUCAAACCAGGACGACGUGGACUGGGAGGCCGGAUGUUAGCUAAUGAGGAACUAUGACCGUGACUUUGAUCUGCAUUCAAAUAUUGAAAACACACAUUCAACAACAUGUAUUUGUGGAUGUUGAAGUCUGACAGAGGAUUUUAUGAAGUACAGACACUGUUCUUACCAGGAUUGGGGGUGUAAUGUCCCUUGGCUGCAUGUCUGCUUUGAUUGGGGAAGUCCUUUUGCUUUUGUUUUCCAGGCACGGGUCUGCGUGUCUCUACAUAGGGGCCAAAGGACACCUUUGGUCUUUCAGUGACUUUUAAUGAGGUAGAGCUUCGUUUAUGAGAUGCUUCUUUCAUGUGUGGCACUUUGGACCUUGCGAUAUCUGGUCAAAUUACAAAUGACAUAAUAAAUCACUAAUAUUAAUUCACCCUAGAUGUGCAUGUUAAAAAAUAAAUAAUUGGCUUCUGUCUCCACCUGGUGGAAAAGACAGGACAGUGGUCGAGGUACAAUUUAUUUAGUGCACUUCAUUAUUUCCAUUUCUAAAUAAAGUAUUGUAUCCUGUGUUCACCCAGCCCUGAUUACCUAUUCAAAUCCACAGAUGAAAGUACAGAUCUUUUGAUUAAUUGCUUGUGGAACAUGAUAUCGUUGAUCCACAUGAAGCCGGGACAAAAGAGGAGACAAUGAUCAUUGAACCACAAACUGUUAUCCCCAUCAUUACAACAGUCUUCAUCCUCUUAAUAAACCACGAACAUGCACUUUCCCAACUCUAUAUCUCCAUGACUCUCUGUGAAGAGAGCUGCAAAAACAUACCGUAUUUUGUAGGAGGAUACCUGAGGAUGGAUUUAGCAGUUUCCUUAAAAAAGAACAAGAGGGGCACAUUCAGUAUAUAUGAUCAUGUAAAUGUGUAACUGAUUAUAUUAUUGUGAAAUAAAAAUCACCUGUUUUGGAGUAGAACA